UAAUGAAUGUAAAUAAGUAAACUGGACGAGACCAUCAUUUAUAAACGAACCAAUCAGGUAUAAGAUGAUAGGUGUUGGAUUUUGGCUCGGAAUUCACUCAUCCAUUUGGAUAAAUAGACUUUCAGCAUUAUAACUGAUGUCAGUUCUUGAUGAAAAUCCUUAGUAUAAUUCGUAAUCUUAACCAUGAACUAUAAAUCAUAAUUCGAAUUCCUCACACAGGUUUAUAACUUUCAUUUGGUCACAGUUAGUAUGCGGACGCUCUCAUGGUAACUACUCUAGUGUCGCUCAAAUGUCGUCCAUAAAUUGUAGUCUCAUCCUUAACUGUGAUAAUUUCCUCUUAAGAUUGAGCAAUUUUAGUCUGUCACAUUGAUGAUGAGUUUUUGUAGUGUAUGAUCAACUCAUUUAACAAUGAUAGAGUCGUAGUGUCAGUUACUAUAUUAAGCCCGUAGUUCUAGCUUACAGACAGGCCAGUUUAUUCAUUCUACCUCAACUACUUAUUCGCUUAUCAACAUUGACUGUUUUUAUGUAAGCAUAUGUAUGUUCAUUUCUUAUCUUACUUAUCAUAUGUCUGUAACACAUUUCCGUUCAACUAUAUAGAUAAAAUCAUGCUUGACUAAAUUGAGUUGGUUCAUUCGACAUCAUCAUUGAGCGUUAUUUCACUUCGCUCCCUUCUCUUCGCUUCGUCCAGACUAAUGAGUGUACAGAAUAUACGUAUUUAAAUAUCCAUUCUUGUAUUUAAGAUUUGAUCUACAUAGUUGGAAAAAUAUCUGAUAUUAAUCAUCAUGUGAUCACUAGUGAUUGGCUUCAGGAGGUAUUUCCUGGAGUUUUAGUGAGUAGCCGUGACUGGUGGAGUUCAACUAGGUCUGUUGUGAAAAAUAACUCACUGAACACAAUGGUAGGAGGUGGCGCGAUAUCGUGGAUUGGUUGAAGUUAGGCAUUAACACCGUUCGAUGUUAACUCAGUGGUCUAGAUGUUAAGCGUUCACUCGCGAAAACGAUAGAUUCUGGGCUUAAGUCCCGCAAGUAGGAUCGUGGAUGCUCACUGCCUAGGAGUCCCAUAUUAGAACGAAACGGCUGUCAAGUGUUUUCAGGUUGUCCAUGGUGGUCUAGUUUUAUUUGACUCAUGGAUUCAACUAUUAUGUAAGUAACUAAUAAUGCUGAAUAAUCUAAUCAAUUGUUAAUCAGGUUAGUAACUAAAUAAUUUUGUCACUAUAUUCAUUGUACUAAUGAAUUCAUACAAUAUUUCAAUAGGGAGAGAUCACAUCAUACACAAUAAGUAACUAACUAAGAAUAGAGUUUUGUGUAAAUUUGAGUAAUUUUAUAUAAUUGAAAUCAUGAGUCAAUUGAAGCUAGACCACCACGAAAAACCUGGAAGCACUAGACUACCGUUUCUUCCUAUUGUGGAACUCUUCAGCAGUACGCAUCCACGAUCCCACCUCGCAAGAUUUGAAUCCAGGACCUAUCAGUCUCACGUGUGAGCGCUUAACCACUAGACCACUAAGCCGGCACCCGAUUUGUUUAUAGAACAACAUGAAUACCGCCUUCUUUUACUUUCAAAACAAUUCGUUUCAUUAUGAGUUGUCGUCGUUUUCUUUUGUUUUACCAGAUCUGAUAAAUGAAAAGUUCAAAAAUGAAAACAAAACUAUCGAUCAAUUUAUUGAUUGUGCAAGUAAAAUGAGUGCAGGUGAAUUGGGAUUAGAACUUAUAAAAGGUUUGAAUAGACAGUUUAUAACUAUUGGUAUUCAUUUGGUAUUGUUUGUUUGAAUCUUUCCAUUGAUGUGCCAGACUGCAAUUGAUCAGUCUCUUAUUAGACAUAUGUGUAUACUAUACGCAUUACUUCGAUAUUGGCUUAAUUCACAAGCUUGAUACAUCCAUCUGAUGAGUCUCAAAUAGGACGAAACGCACUUCCUGGAUUCCACUGCUAGUUACCUAAUAUUGUUUAAAUACUGAUAUAGAAUUUUAUUAAUUAACAAAGUUGAUUCGACUAGUUGACUAGUGCUUUCAGGUUAAAAACUACAAUCUUUACAAAUCCCCAUACUAAUAAUUAAACCAACUUUGGUUCUUUUACAAUAAAGCUAAGCGUAUUGUGUAAUAUAGAUCUAAUGUGUUAACAUUUAUUAUAAGUAGAGAUGAUGAUGGUUAGUAGUGAAAAGUAGGAAAUGCGUUUCGUCCUAUCUUGGACUCGUCAGCUGGUUAUAACUGCAACCUAGAGUUGAGGUUCACUUUGAGACUCGAACCUAGUACCAUUCGUUUUAAACAGCAUCUCAUUAUCCAUUUAGUUUAUAAUGCUCAUGAUUCAAUAUCACUUGGUAACAGUUUACUUUUUGAAUGUUUUAGAUGUGAAAUACACAAUGCAAACUAAACGAGAAAAAUACAAUCAAUACAAUGUUAACAAAUCUAAAACAUGGACGUCAUGUAUUCAUGAACAACAACAAAUCUUUCAAAAAAUGAAAGAUACUUACUUGGUGCAUAUUUGCAUUGGAUAUAUAACAAAUAGAAAUCAAGAUAUUGAUACACUUUAUAAUGAUAUAGUUCACAAAGAAAUACGUAUUCGUUAUUAUAAUUACCAUUUAUUUAAACAUCAAUUGCUCACAGAUAUUAAUAAUGAAAUGAAGGAAUCAAGAUAAUACACAGAAGAAAUGAAAUGAAGCUCCAGUAUUACUGAUAUUCUCACAUGCUUCAAUCUGAUUUAAUUUUUAAAUGACCAAUUUUAAUUAAUGCUACAAAUAAUCAGUUAAUGUUAAGUUAAUAAACAAAGAAUGUUCGCAAAUACUUUGAUCUAUGUCUUUUCAAAUAGCAUACAGAAAGGAGAUCAUUAUAAGGCAUGUUGGGAUGACUUUGACUCCUGAUAGGACUAAGUAACCUUAUAUGGUAUGUGCUACUGAUGUCAACAGAUAAAAGUAGUAUGUGCCAUCAAUGGAAAGUGAAAUGUCUGGUGGCAGAAAAUUAAGAAGAUUGAAGGAUAGAGAACGAGAACAGAGAAUGAUUAGUGUGGAAACGAAGGAACAAUGAAGUCUGGGACGAAUAAUUAACAUUUUGCAAAUGAAGUAUUUUUUACUGUAUAGUACUUAGAUUUUACAUAAAGAUUCUGUCAUUUGUGUGGAAACACAUUCGAUUGUCUCUACUCAUGUUCUCCUUCACUGCGCUAUUACCUAUUUCAUACGUACCUCAUCAAACAGAUAUUCCAUCUUAUGUUUUACGAAGUGUUCAAUAAGUAUAUAAAACUAUGCAUUGACAACAAAGGUAACUGAUCAUUUUGAUCAGAUGGAUCACAAUCAAUAUCCAUGGUGAAGUCAUAACAACAAAUGUAGAAGAGUUUGAUUGCGACCAAUAUAUCAAUAAAUUCAGGAACGUUAUUGAUAUCCCUCUAUACAAGGUAUUUGACGCAUAAUGGAGUUCUCAGAAGAAUACGGCCAUUAGACCACGGUUUUCAUGAAUAUGUUCUUGUAUACUGAUUAGAUAUAAAUUCAUGCCUGAAUAGUUUGAUUAUGAAGGGUCACUUCAACGAAAUCAUCAUCUAAAGUACACAAC